AUGCUUGUCGGCAGUAUCAUUGCCACCUUGUUGGUUAGCCUUGCAGCUUCUUCACCUGCUCCACGAGCAUCCACCAAUGCCGUGAACACCACUGUGAUUAACGGCAAAUCCUUCGUGUAUGAAGCUCUCGCAGGCUAUGGCUUCACCCCUGGCAAUGCACGAGACAAAUUCGGAGAUUCGGCUGGUGGCAUUGGUAGUAGUGCUGCAAUCGAUCUCAAAUCUUGGAAACUAGACCGCAAGACGGGCAUCUAUUCCGGCAUCAUCUGGGCUUUACCAGACAGAGGUUGGAACACUGAAGGGACAUUGAACUUCCAGCCUCGUGUCCACAAAUUCGCAAUCACCUUUACCCCGAACUUUACUGCCACGGUCGCCAAACCUAGCCCACCCAACCUGGAACUACAAUAUCUCGACACCGUUGUCUUCACAGAUCCCAAAGGCAACCCUGUCACAGGCUUGGAUCCCGAUGCUCAUGGUCCUUAUCUCACAUUUCAGGGAUUCCCUGAUCUACCAUCAGCGACUUACCAGGGAGAUGGGUUUGGCGGUGCUGGCUCUGGCGGGCGCCGCGUGUCUCUUGAUUCAGAAGGUCUGGUCAUUGCAUCCGAUGGUUCUUUCUGGGUAUCGGAUGAAUACGGAGCGUACAUCUAUCGUUUUGCUUCAUCUGGCCGUAUGCUUUCUGCCAUUCGACCACCGUCUGCAAUAAUCCCACAGCGCAAUAAGACUGAUUCAUUCUCGGCAAACAGCCCUCCACGAUACAACCCAGAUCUUAAAAUCACUCCAGCAUCCAACCCCACUGGACGGGCAAACAACCAAGGUCUUGAAGGACUCACAGCUUCUCCCGAUGGUAACACUCUUUACGCCCUUGUACAAUCUGCCCUCGACCAGGACGGUGGUCUCAACGCUUCUACACGCCGUUACGCCCGUCUCCUGGAGUAUGAUAUCACUGAACCUUUCAAGCCGGUAUAUCAGGCGGAGUACGUCGUGCCUCUACCCUUGAUCACCAACAAUACGCGUGUCGCGGCCCAGUCAGAAAUUCAUUAUCUCAGCGAUACGCAAUUCUUGGUCCUUGCGAGGGACUCUGGCCGUGGGCACGGUCAGGACAACUCAAAUUCUGCAUACCGCCAUGUUGAUGUCUUUGAUAUUUCCAAAGCUACAAACAUCAAGGGUCCGAAGUAUGACUCUACCAACAGCUCGGCUGCUCCCAAUGGUGUCCUCGAUACAGCCAUCACACCUGCCACUUAUUACACCUGGCUCGACUUCAAUGUGAACUCGCAGCUCAAUCGCUUCGGCGUGCAUAAUGGAGGUGCACAAGACGCCGGGCUCCUGAACGAGAAAUGGGAGAGCUUGGCUCUUGUGCCCAUCAAUCCCAAGUCUAGUUGGUCCGACUGGACUACAGGAUUGGACAGUGCUGAUGGAGAGUACUUUCUCUUCAGUCUCAGCGACAAUGACUUCAUAACUCAAAAUGGGUUCAUGAAUGGUGGAAAACUGCCUUACGCCGAUGAAAGUGGCUUCAAUUUGGACAAUCAGGCCCUGGUGUUCAAGGUCUCUAUCCCUAAAUAG